CUGCUGAGCUGUCUAUGAGGAUCCCUGUCUGAUGUGGGCACGAAGGUCUAUCACUGCCCAUCACUUCUCCAUGUGUGUGAAUGGACCUCAGCAACUGGAGCCUGCACUGUUCAAAAUAAUAGACAUUGCAUUUUCUUUGGGGUGCUGGACUCUGUAUUCCAAGCACAGGCUGGGUUGUACGGCAGAUUUCUGAAGAUAUUGAGAACAGUCAGCAGGUCAGGCGAUGAAAGAAAACUACACAGAUUCCUGGUUUGUAUCCUGGAAGAGGGAAUACAGGAACAUGACUGGAUGGAUAGCCCACAGUAUGUAAAUGCAAGGCAAGCGAGAUAAGGAUUCCAUGCUGGUAAAACAGUAACGCAUUGGAUUGAAUUGAAUUGAAUUGCUGUGUGUAAUGGUUCACAGGAGUUAUAUACAUCAGCUGGCUCCUUGUAUUUGUAUGUGAAGAAGUGAUAAUAUUGACUAUAGGAACAACGAUCUCAUUCAGAAGAGAGUGUCGGCUAUGUAACUCUGUCCACUAAACUUAAAGAGACCAGAGGAGAAGACAGUUAUACAGUGCAUGAAGUGGUCAGAAUUGCUGGAGUCUAUUUACAUUGAGUGGCGGGUGAAACAUCUUGGUAAUGCCUUGGUAGAAGCUGUCGUGCUUGCAAGUUCAGGGUUUGUCCUGAAGACUAAUCCAGGAGGGAAGGGAACUGGCCUGCUGGUAGUAUCCGAUGGGGAAUAGCUGUUCCUGCAGCCACACCACGGUCACACAGAUUCAUGUAGUGAAGACACAGCCAGUCUCAGAGCCGUGUCAAACAGCUGGGGCAGGCUCCUCUAAACAGCCACGCGUACCUGUGGAGACUCACCCAGUCUCAGAGCGUCACGAUGAGGCUGAUAGGAAGGGCGCGGAGCUGGGGUUAAAGGCCAAAACGUGGGACCAAAUCACAGGAGGCAUUCAGGCCCUCCUGGACGGCCGGGAGAGAGACAGCGAGCUAGACCUCUGCUGCCAAUCAGGGGCGAGCAGCAGGGGCGCAGCCAAGCAGAGUGAAGACAAAGUGCUCAACUCAGCACGAUACCAGGAGGUGCUGUCAGAGCUGCAGACUGGAGAGCUCUGGAAGGACCCGGACUUCCCCCCUGCCCCAGCAUCUCUGACCUACGAAGAGGUUCCACCACCAGCAAUCCAGUGGCUUCGAGCUUCGCAGCUGCACCCGGCUGCCUGUUUCAUGGAUGACGGGGUCAGUAAGGGUGACAUCAUCCAGGGGGAGCUGGGGGACUGCUGGUUUUGGGCCUCUGUGGCCACCAUCCUUCACUCCAGGAGGCUCAUCGAGAAGGUCAUACCCCCAGGUCAGACCAUCUCGGAGCGGGAGAUCUACACCGGACUGUUCCGGUUCCGGUUCUGGCAGUUCGGGAGCUGGGUGGAGGUCCUGGUCGAUGACUUCCUCCCGACCCGCAAUGGCAGGCUGAUUUACGCUCGCUCGGCCGUGGGGAACGAGUUCUGGCCUUCCCUGCUGGAGAAAGCCUUCGCCAAGCUGCACGGCUCAUACCAGGCGAUUGAGGGAGGCUGGACGCUGGACGCUCUCACUGACCUAACCGGCGGGGUGGGGGAGAUGUACCGCAUCAGGGAUUUCACUGGCCGUCAAGAUCAGCUCUACAGCCACCUGGCCACAGCGUCCAGGAAGAAAGCCUUCAUCGCCUGUGGAACCAGCCGGUCGGAGCCUGAGCAGAGCGGGAGGGAGGACGGCCUGGUUGCAGGACAUGCCUACAGCAUCACAGCAGUGAAGAAGCUGACCACUCCGAGGGGGAGGGUGCCCCUGGUCCGAAUUCUGAACCCCUGGGGCUGUGGACAGAGCAUGGAGUGGACAGGGGACUGGAGCGAUGACUCUCCGCUGUGGGAUGAGAUCCCGUUGUGGACCAGGGAGUCUUUUGGGUUCACCAAAAAAGAAGAUGGAGAAUUCUGGAUGAAGUUUGACGAUUUCUGCGAGCGAUUUGCCAAUGUCACUGUGCUCACCCUUGGACCAGAUUUUGACUGUGAUGGCAGCGCAGAUGCAGGUAGCCUUCUGGAGGUGAAAGGUCGGUGGGUGUCAGGGGUCAAUGCAGGGGGCUGCCGUAACAACCUGCCGAUGUACACGAGCAACCCACAGCACCCGAUCACAGUCCUAGAGACGGCUACUGUGCCACACGGUCAGGGGACUGCUGAAGACGAGGGGUGCUCCGUCCUGGUCUGCCUCCUCCAGAACUUCAACAGGGGGAACAGGAGACUGGAACCUAGAAUGAACCCCAUCGGAAUGCAGGUUUACAAGAGCGGUGACCCCAAGACCCCCCUGACCUCUGCGCUACUGGUUCGACAGCGGGAGGUGUCUGACUCGGGCCCCUACGUGGCACAGCGGAGUGUUAAUCUACGCUGCCAGCUGUCCGCAGGGAGCUACACCAUCAUCCCCAGCACCUUCAACCCGGACGCCCCUGGAGAUUACAUGCUGCGCAUAUUCACAGAGUCUCCUGUGCAGCUGCACCAGGGACACCACCUCUCCGCCUGUCCGCUGUGAGCAGGCAUUAGAGAGGGCUAGUGCUGGCUGUGCAAGGUUACAGGAUGAAACGGAUCAUUCUCAAAGAAAAAAAAAACAGCUGUGCGUUGGUUUAAUUGAACAUUGUAUUGAGAGAGAAGAAUAUGGGUUGCACGUAUUAUCAGUACAAAAAACGUAUAUACAAAAUACAAUAAAAAAUGUGUCCUUUUGAAGUACAGUUGAAAAGUUGUCUUACUGCAAGUGCUGACUUAGACUGUAUAUUUACAUAUUUACAAAUAAAGCGUGUAUAAAAAAAAUCAAAGCUAGGUCAGUUAUAAAAAUCCACCUGAGCAAUCAGAGAAUUGGCAUUGUCCUUGCUUGUCAAAAUACAAAUAGUAACUUUAAAAUAAGCCGAAGUCGCUCAGAUUGAGAUCAUCGUAGAACACUUCUGAGAGGUAGUUAGUGGGCGGGAUGAAGUUCUCUUCCUGCUGCUGCUGCUGGUGCAUCUGCUGCAUGGGCACUGUCUGAUCUGCCCUGGCGUAGACCACAGUUUGGCUCCUCUGUGGCGCUGCAACGGUGGCACUGCACCCUGCUACCUCCCCUGAAUAGUCCUGGCUUGCAACAUACUGGCUGAAGGCACGGUCCCAGUAAGAUGGAUCUGGGCUCUCCACUUUAGGCUCAGGCUGAAAGAAGAAGCUGUUUUCAACCCAGAACUGGCCGUAAAAGCCCGGCUGUACAUCCAAGCUGAACUGCGUGGGUACGGGUCCAGCAGCCAGGUCGUCUUGGGGAGGAGAUCCCGGGACGGACUGGCCUGGGCUCACUGACCCCCAGUAGGAGCCCUGGGUGA